AUGAGCCUCCAGAACAGCUUCCGAAAGAUAUUCCCUCAUUUGGUGUUGAUUAUGGUGGUAGCGGAGGGUGCUAACGCUCAGGAUGUUAAGAUGGGAAGUGAAUGUGACAGCCAUAUAGCGCUUGAUGUGCACACCCAAUGUCAGACUAAAACCCCACACCUCUUUUUGCUGCCAGUGGAUGACCCGCAGAGUGUGAUGAUGGUGGCGGUCAUCCACACUGACCUUGGAGCUAUUGGACAGGAUAAAAACUGGAAGGGCAUUGGCAUCUCCCUGCUGGUUAUUAUGUUGGUGCUCUCACUCAUUGGACUGUCCAUUGUUCUGCUGUCUAAAGAUGAUGAUGGUAAACGCUUUGGUUCACAGUUGACGCUGGAUGACCUCUUUCAAAGAAGCUUACAAAUACAUGAUCCUGAGGCAAAAUGGAUCAGUGAUGAAGAAAUUAUCUUUCGAAGCUGGGAUGGAGACAUUUUGAAAGUCAGCACAAACAGCAACGAGACAGAACUCAUGCUGAAAAACACAACAUUUGCAACUUUUAAGGCUUCAAAAUUUGAGGUUUCUCCCGAUUUGAACUUUGUUCUCCUGGGAUAUGAUGUCAAGCAGGUCUACCAGCACUCUUUCUUAGCAUCGUACCUGAUCUACAACCUGUAUACAAGAGAGGUUCGGGAGCUGAAUCCUCCAGAGGUGUCAGAUUCAGUCCUCCAGUUUGCCUCGUGGGGCGUUCGUGGUCAGCAGCUGAUCUACAUAUUUGAAAACAACAUUUACUACCAAACGGAUGUUCAGAGCAGCUCGUGGAGGCUCACCUCUUCUGGUCAGGAGGGGAUCAUAUUCAACGGCAUCACAGACUGGCUGUAUGAGGAGGAGGUGCUGCACACACAGGCGGCCCACUGGUGGUCACCUGACGGCUCCAGACUGGCCUACCUCACCAUCAACGACUCCCUGGUUCCUAACAUGCUCCUGCCCCGCUUUACAGGCUCGUUGUAUCCCAGGGGGAAGGAGUACCCUUAUCCAAAGAUGGGUCAGAUAAAUCCCACCGUCAGACUCUAUGUCGUCACUGUAGACGGCAGCUCGCUCACAACAGAACUGAGACCUCCCGACAGUUUUGAAAAGAGUGAGUACUACGUCACCAUGGUGAAGUGGGUGACACAGGAGAGGCUGAGUGUGCGUUGGGUUAAUCGAGCUCAAAACAUGUCAAUUCUUUCAUUGUGUGAUGUCCUAACAAGUGACUGCACAAAGAAACACAUGAUGACAUCGGAGAAGUGGCUUGAUCGUCAGAAUGAGGAGCCAGUGUUUUCCAAGGAUUGCACAAUAUUGUUCAUCACUAUGCCAUUAAAACACGGUGGCCGUGGGGGAUUCAACCAUAUCACCAAGAUCUCCAACCUAUCUGAGGGUCAAGAGGUCGACGUCCGCCACCUGACCUCAGGAAGCUGGGAAGUCUCUCAAAUUCUGGCCUAUGAUGAGAGCACAAACUCAGUUUAUUUCCUAAGUACAGAGGAAGGAUCAACACAACGGCAAUUGUACAGAGUCUCCACUGUGGAUCCAUUUCAUAAAGAAUGCCUCACCUGCUCCCUCUUCAAAUCAAAGUGCACCUACUACGACACGACCCUCAGCCCAGACUAUCAGCAUGUUCUUCUCAACUGCAGAGGUCCUGGAAUACCCCAAACUACUCUUCACAAACUAAGUGACAUGAACAAACACAAGACUCUGGAAAGUAAUAUAGUAUUAAGGCAUGCACUGAUGAACAGGACAAUACCCAAGUGGGAAAGAAGAACUGUACAAAUCAACAACUUUGCACUUCAUCUGGAGUUAAUUGUCCCAAUAGAUUUGGAUGAAACAAAGGAGCACCCACUUUUACUGAUUGUUGACAGCGCCCCUGGUGGUCAGGCUGUGAGUGACCGCUUCUCUCUCAGCUGGGACUCUGUGCUGGUCAGCUCAGACAGCGUCAUCGUGGGCUGCGUCUGGACGGCACGGGGCAGCAGAGGUCAGAGGAUCCUGCACGAGGUUCACCAGAGACUGGGAACUGUUGAUGUUCAGGACCAGAUUGCAGCUCUGGAGCACCUGGUCAGGCUACCCUAUAUUGAUGGCAAUAGAGUUGGAGUUUAUGGAAAGGCAUAUGGAGGAUUCCUUUCCUCUCUCCUGCUCCUCUCUCACAGCUCUAUGUUCCGGUGUGGCAUCGCUGUAGCUCCUAUAACAAACUGGAGACUCUAUGGGUCGGCCUACGCUGAGAAAUACUUUGGCUUCCCAGCAAAAGAAGUUCACAAAUACCAAAUCUCCAGUCUGCUCAGUAACAUCACAGCACCGAGUCCUCUGGACUUUCUUAUCAUCCACGGCACAGCAGAUGCCACUGUUCAUUUCCAGCAUUCUGCUGAGUUGGUCAAACUGCUGUCUGCGUCAAAUGUUAAUUACACUCUCCAGAUUUUCCCAGAUGAAGGACACAACAUUGCCCUGGCCAAGAGCCAGCACUACAUGCUAUACUCAGUGCUCACCUUCUUCAGGCGCUGCUUUGAGGAGGAGCAGGUUGCUGUCCCAGAGACAUCUAAAGGAGAUGACUAACCCGUAGAACUUCCUGCAGUGAAACAGUUUAGAUU